GCGUUGGCGGGCUUAAGCGACGGUUUCAUAAAGCACACAACUUUAAAAGGCGGUUGAGUGUAAAACUCGUAAAACUCAGCUGCAGAAUAGAGACUUGGCCAAAUUGAAGAAAAGAAAAAAAAAAAACAAGAAAAAAAGCAAAGAAGCGAAAACGACAAAAUAAAACGAAAUCCAUAAAAACGUAUUCCAUAAAAAGCAAACAAAACUACCACAAAAGUAAAAUAAAGUGAAUGUUCAUGAAAUUAAAAAAAAGUUGAUAAUAAAAAUAAAGUUUUACAAAAAAAAAAAACAAGGCGAAAAGUCAUAAAAACUGAUUUUUUUUUAGAAAAAUCUAAACAGAAAACAUUGGCAACAAUUUAAGACGCGAGCCAUUGCACGAGAUGAACGAUCGCAUCGCUAAAGACGGGGUGUAUAACAGUUUUUGAGCUCAAAUCUCCGGCAGAACCAGUCCAAACGAGACGACGACAACAAAGACAAAGCAAAAAAACCAAAAAAGAAAAAACGCUGCAAAUGAUGUCAGUUGUCUAGAGGAGCUAAAACAGCGAACAACCACAAAAAAUUCUAAAGCAAAACGCAGGCAAACAAAACAACGGAAAAAAUAAACAAAUAUUACAAAAAAAAAAACAAAACGAAAACGUUUAAAAAGUGAAACAGGAAAGUUCCAUACGGUGUGACAAAAAGUGCUAAAUUUCAUUGUCGACCAGACAAAGGCUUCAAAAGAGAAAAAAAUUCACAAAAAACAGCAGCAAGCCCUGUUCAGCUUGAAUUGCAAAGAAUAAAACAGGCGUUAAAUAUCGCUCGCCCAAAAUAAAAAGUCACCCAUAUUUCAAUUGUUUUUGUGGCGUGUUAAUUGCAAGUGAAAAUUCAAGCGAGACCAGUGACACCAACAAAAAAUAAUAAAAUUUCAUACAAAUAACCAUCUUUAAUAGGGAAUUGUAAACGUGGUGGCAUUCAUCAUCACACAAAAAAACGCAAAAUAAUUGCUCACAGUGAUUCUGAUGAAAAGUGUAAAAAAAAAUUUAAAUAAACACACCACAAAAAAGUGUAAAGAGCUUUGCAUCUUUUUUUGCUGCAACUUUUUUUGUAACGACUUUUCGCAAUAAAAAAAAGCGUAUUUCCGGCUCACAGCUAAAACGUUACAGUAAAAAAUAACUACAACGACAGAGACACACAACUUAAUAGCGGAUAUUUUGAGGCUGUUCUUGUGAACGCAAUUCUGAUAAAAGAUUUUAUCUUCUUGCGUAUAGGUAAAGCUUUCCAAGUGAUUUAUCUUUAUUUUGGAAAACUCUUGUCAGCUCAUAAAGUGUGAAGAAAACCAGCCAACAAACACACCAAAAACUAAUAAUUAAAUUAGAGCGUAAAAGCAAAACACUGGAGUUCAUAGAAAGAACAGCCAUAGCUACCAAAUUUGAAAACAAAGCCAGACAGAAGUGAACAAAAACAAAGCCAAGAAAAGUGGCAAAGCAAAAGAAAGCUUAUCGUCUGAAUGAUCAUAAAUUAAAAUUAAAGCUAAAUCAAAACACUAGAGUAGAGAAAACUCUUUUUUUUAACAUAAAAGUAGAAGGAAACAUUCACCUGCCACCCUCCUCCUCGUUUUAAGAAGAAGGAAGUUAAUCUAUUGCAAGAUUAUUUCAUGUAAAUUAAACUAGACUUCAAUCACAAUCCACACUGAGAUAACCACGGGUAUACGCCAUGGAAAUCAUGACUUCAAACUCGUCAUCAAAUGCUCACAACUCACAGAAAGAGUUGCGUUUGCUUACACCUUUAGCGACGGCAUCGUCAUUGGAUGCCAGCAUUUCCACAUCAGCGCUCACAUCAGCAACACAUGGUGCACGAUCGCCUUUCCAGCGAGAGGUGCGUGAAUGGCAACGCAUUGAUCCGGAUACAGGUGCACUGUUAACAGGACGUCUAGAGGCAGACCGUUGGAUAAAUGGCCCUCUAAAUAGUUAUGGCAAAAUAUCCGAUUCCCAAAAUAUCUCCCAACCCAAUGGCACCCAACAGACACAGCGCAAACAAUUGGAAGUUAUACAGACGUGUACGGCGGGAGGUGCUGCCAUGCAAGUGAUACGAUCACAGACGGUGCAAACAACCUCAUCGCGUUGGUCAACGCCAUCCUCAUCGGCGACAGCAUCGCCAUCACCGACAUCACUACUGCAACAAUCAUAUAAUCAGACAGUAAGAGAAACAUCAUCCCCGAGCAUUAGCACCAUAACAACAACAGUCACCAACAACGAAGGCACAGGCACACGAAAAGACAAAUAUUUGAAAACAACACAAAAACGCACUUCCACCACAAAAGCAUCCAAAUCCAUCACACCCUCCUCCAACACUGCAUCAUGCACGAUCUCCUCCCCCCAUAGAUCUCCUUUAAGUGCCACAAAUGGCUUAGAUCAUCAACAGCAUCAUCCGACCACAAGGAAUUACACUAGCCAUACAAACCGGGGCAUUGCGGCCCGUUCAAACCGCUCUAGCACCCAUACCAUCAACCAUUUAUAUUCCAAUAAGUCCAAAAAGGAAACCAACACCUCGCCCUCAUCCUCCACGCAGACUGCCAGCCAUAAUUUGGUAAAUGGCCAUAAUAAAGGCAAACGUAAUUGGCCUCAAAUAGUAACGGAAAAUAUGUCUUCGUCCACAUUGGAUAUUUGCGAUAAUGAUCAUGAUAAUGAGCAUGUCCAUGACAAUGAUUACAUUGUGGAGGAACAGCUCAGCGAUGGUCAUGAUGAUAAUGAUGAUGAUGUUGGCAAUGGCAAUCAUCACCCGCCAGAUAAUGUCAACGAUACCCCUUCGGCAGUUGCUCACCAUAGGCCAUCGUAUUAUCGUCUUCAUAAAGUUUCAACGCCAACACAUGAGGGCGUAGAUGAUAAAGCUGUAGAAGACGAUGAUGAUGAUGCUAAUGGUGAUUAUUAUAAUGAUGAUGAUGAUGAUAUUAGUAAUCACGGCGAUGAUGGUGACAAUGAAUGUUAUUUCUCAAACAAAUCUGCCGGCGUUAGCCACAAGCAAACGACACUUGCCUCUUUGGGAGCACCAACCAACAAUGCAGACUUCGACGAUCUCUCCCAGCAUCCCCAACUUCAUGAUCAUCAUCAUGAGCUUCGUCGCAAUGGCCAUUGCAGUAGUAGUAAUAGUAGCUUGAAUAGUCAUAGUGGCAGCAAUAGUUGUAGCAAUAACACGAGUAGUAAUCAAUUAUUUCUGUUGGAUACGGCGCCAAGUUUGAAGUUGAGUAAUCUCAUGAAAAGCAGUUCCAGCAUCUCAAAUAGUUCGAAUAAUUCGACAACUGCAGUAACGAAUAUAAAUCCGUCAAUGAACACCCACCACAAGAGUAUGGCAAGUAAAAAACUAAGCCUACAUGCAAUUGCUGGCAGCGAUCAUGCGACGACAACAACGGGCAAGACAACGGCAACAGCAUCAUCGACACCAUCACCAACACCAUCGCCGACAACGACAACGGCACGACCAUCUUGGCAACAACCUACCUUAUUUAGGCAAAACAGCAACACAAGCAACACCAGCAACAACCGACACAGUCCCAUUCCAAAUUCAAGUCAGAGUAACAAACUCAAGCACACUCAGGCCAACAGCAGUUCCAGUUCCAGUCCCAGUCACAGCCAUUUAACCAAAUCACGCGUAGGUGACAACAAUUGCUGUGGCAGCAGCAGUGAUGAAUCUCGUUCAUACGCUGAUCUUCGUCAUCACCAUCAUCAUCAUCAUCAUCAUCUGUCGCAGCAACAGCGUCAGCAUUCGCCAGCGUUUCAAUUGAACGAGAGAUUGACACCAACGCAAUCCUCGCCAUUAAGACAGCAGCAGUAUCAGUACCACCAGCAGCCGCACCAGCACCAGCACCAGCCACUCUAUAAUCGUGUCGAUUUGGAAAGUUUCCGGCAUUAUAACAACAGCAACAACAUCAGCGAUACAUAUAUUGGCACGGAUGCUGCGACCGAUGCCACAGCUGCUGCCAAUGAUGAUGGUUUACGACUAUCUUCCCGUCAUCUGCGAAGACAACAAAUACCCCGUGAAAGCUAUUCACCCAUAACAACUCUUACAUCAUUGCAAAGAUCGCGUUCAAUAUCAACCGACGAUUUAAGCACCGAGUGGGAUAUAAACGGCAGUGAAAACACAGAACCAGCCGAGUGGAGACGAGUCAGUAAGCUGCGCAGAUCUUUUCAAUCAACCACAACCAAACAACCCCAACCAUCGCCCACAAGUGCUAGAAGGCCAUUGGAUUUGCCCGCAUGUUCCGUGAGCGUUUCCAAGAUACGAGCAGAGCUAGAAAACGGAAGACGUUUAAAUACGGUAAUGAAAAAUAACCAUGUGGAUUUGGCUGCUCUAAGCAGUAUUUUAAAUGGUCCCGACAGCAGUAAGGCCUCCCCGAAACUAGAGCGCAGUAGCUUUCUAACAGCAGAAUCCCUCAAAGAGAUUAGAGGCAAAUUGAAAAAGCUCUCAGACGAGUCGCUGUACAAAGAGGACUUUGUAAUCAAUCAGCAAUCGGCUAGUAGAGAAUUACCCGAACAGGAUCAAAUAGAGGUACAAGCGCCAACAAUUCGCAGAAGUCUGGAUCGCUCGCCAGACAGAUAUAGUGCUGCUACAGUUAAAAAGGACCUAGGUAGUCCGGUAGUCGAGGCUAAGCACACCACCAACAGCUUGGAAUCCCGACUCAAAUACAAGGAAACCAAUCCCAUUGAAUGGCAUUUGAGACGAAAAUCUUAUGGUUUUGAGAAAAUGUCCCCGCCUGACAAGUCAACGAUGCAGCGCAUGGAUGCUUCCACCGACAGUGGAUUGGGCCGUUCAGGAGAAUUGCAAAAUUGGUCCCCCACCCAGGCGGCGGCAAAUGAUAGUAGUCGCUCUGGAGCAGUGGUGGUACGUUUUGGAGAGCGUUUAAAUUCUUCAACAGCUUCGACAACAACAACAACAUCAUCGGCCAUGCAAAGACGUUACAGAACUCAAAAAUCCUAUGACGAGUCCGAAAAUUCCCAAGAAGAAGAUGGAGGCCUUAAUAAAAGACAUUCAAUCGCAGUGGACGAAAGUAAAUAUGUGAGUGACAAUGGACGUCAAACUACCCAUGUGAGGCUAAAUGGUUUCCCUGACUCCAACUCCCUUGGAGGGGCAACGGAGGGUAAAUUCCUGCUCACCACAGAGAUAAGCAAUUCAAGUUCAGCCUUUUCCCAGAGGGGCCAACAAAAAAGAGUCGAGUUUUGCAAGACCGAAGUACACUUUGCCACCGAAUCGGGAAGGGUGAAUAUUGUGGAGACCGAUAGCAAACCCCCGCCUACCAAUAAUUUUAGACGUAGACGCAGUCGCAGUUCCAGUGUGGGACCCCUGCAAAGUUUAGUGAAAUCGGCCACAACAGUCUCCACAACUGCAUCCACCUCAUCUACAGUGGCCAUGCCAGUCACCUUGUUUGGUGAUGAUAAAUUAAGACGCAAGACCAUUGCCUCCAGCACUGUGGCCUACAGGGCUCCACUCAUGGAAUCCCCUGAUCAGAGCAAGGAUUCAAUGAAAAAUGUCACUGUAACCAUACCCGAAUCCUUUGGUCUAACGGAGAGUUCCCGCAGUAGUUAUGCUUCUACGACCAGCGGGGUGGACACCACCGACUAUGAAACUGACGAAAUGACCUCGUUGCGUGGCAUACUCAAAAAUAAACCAGCCAAACCGAAACCCUAUGUUUUGGGUGAGAAUAUCGAGAAACCCGAUGAUUUGUGGGGAGUGCAUUUGAAACCGGUCCAGGGUAAAAGCGAUCUAGUGGGAAGAGUCCAAAAUGACUCCCCCACUACUGCGAAUACGACAGCGGCUGCAAGUUUGGCCCAAUUAACAUCGGUGGCUGAGCGCAUACGACAAGUGGAACAGCAACAGGAUUUUUCCCAAUCCAAUGGAUUUUCAACAAAAAUCAACUUGAAUUUAGGUCGCACCUCGCCCCACAAAAAUUGGGAAGAAACAGGUCGUCUAGGGGGCAGCCUACAGCGCCGUCGAAGGCCCAGCGCCCAAGAAAUGCUGUUGCAAGAUCUCAAAGAUCAUCAACGUAUUCUAGAUGAGGGUCUCAAGUCGACAACCUUGAUCAUAAAGACCAUGCGUUCGGCCACAGAGUUCGAUGAGGCCAUGCGGCGCCUGAGCAUAGCUUCCAUAGAGGCCACUGCCAUGGUACAACCGCCAAUUUUCUUGCGUUCGCAUAGCCAUCAGGAGACCACAUCAUCACCCCCUUCAACUUCUUUAUACGACUGCCUUACAGAUGCCAAGACUAGCAAUGAAAGUUUACAGCUCUACAAGUCCACCAGUUUCUCAUCGAAUUCCUCAUGGUCUACUCUGGAUUCUCGCAGAUUUUCUAGCGAUUCAAGGAAAACCUCUACAGAUUCAGGAGCUUCCUUUGCCCGUCGCAAUUCGGGACCACGUCUUAGUUUUUUGGGCAACGAACAAAUACCAGUUAGUCAGCAACUGCAAAGAUUGCGUCUUAUCUAUGAUGCCCCCACCAUCUCGCAGGAUGACGAGGACAGUGCCGAUGAGGAGGUUAAACACUACUUCCGUGGUCAUGGCGACAGCGAUAGCGGUGGUGGAACGCAAGAGAGCUCCUCAUACGAAGAUGAUCAUUGUUUGGAAAAUUCCAGCAGUUGGAGUCGCCUCAAGGCCAAGAAGACAAUAUGGAAAAUUGAUACUGACAAUGAUGUUAUGGCAAAACCUGCAGCAGCCACAAUAAGACCUUUGGAGAAAACAGACCUACCCACCUCAAAUGUGAUGAGCAUCAAAUUGCACUCACCACAAGCUGCAGGUGAAGCAACAGCACCACUAAAAAUGACGCCACCCAUAGCAAAGCCCAGAACCGUAACAAAUAUUCAAGAUUCUGAGCCGCCUAGACUUCAUUCAACCUCCAAACAACCACCACCUCCACCAUUCCAAACGAGUCUGCCCACCAAAGACUCUUUGAAGAUCAUAAAAGAAGCCCGUGGAGCCCGUCAACUACGAGAACAUGAAUUGUCCUAUUUUGGUAUAGCGGCAUCGAAAGCUGAACACGAUAACAAAUUGAAAACGAAACUAUCAACGAAUUCUUCCAACACCAGAAAUUCACCCAAACGUUCUUUGCCCCUAAGAAGACUGAGUGAAGAAACAUCGGCGCUGGCAUCAAAAGAAGAUGAGCAAAAGCCAAUGAGACGCAAUUGGCAAUUGGAGCAUGACAAACCGGAUCUAUUGAACCACAGUCACAUUCAUGGGGAGAAGAAAAGGCUUAGCCAGCUGAAACCAGCUGAAAGGAUGAGCCUUAAGAAUAAGGCUGAAUUAGAUGAAGACGAAGAACAUUUGUAUGAGAAUAUUGCGAAUGAGAUAACACCCAUUUUCAAGGUGAAAGAUGUCUACGAUCGCAAGAUGGAUCUGCAAAGGGAUGAAAUGAUUUUGAGUGAAAUGAAUGAAAGUGCUGAUCAAACUUUAAGAGAACUCUCCGAUGAGGCUGCUCUAAAGGAUCGCAAAAGGCGUUCUCUACAAAGACGCAAUUCCAAGCCACUUGAGACCAUUGACGAAAAGGCCAUAGCAGAAAAAAUCACUGAUACCUGCAUAGCCGUCAAGGUAUCCCGCUCCACAUUUGCCUCCGAAGCCAAGAAAACCUCCCGACACUCCACACCUUCUCCCACGCGUCUCAAAUCAAGGGAACGCACUUCGUCUCAAUCUUCUGUGGAAUGUUGUCCACGUGCCCGUUCACGUUCUUUGUCCAGCGAGAAGGAAUAUGAACAAGCGAAGGCUCCCCAUAAGCCAUCUCGCUCAGGACAAGUGAAUCGUCACAAGUCUCACAAAUCCCAGGUGGAGAGUCGUUCUAGUUCCCUUGACUCCCAGAGAUCGUAUCAUUCGCAAUAUUCAUCCGGCGAAGAGCAGCAACAAUCACAACAGCAGCAAAUACGCAGCAGUUUUCGACGUGAAGAUCGUUCGCGGGCAAAGACAAAACGUUCUACAGCCUCAAACAAUGUUUCGUUUAGUUCUUCAUCAGCUCAUAGACAAGAGAAGACUUCAAAAUCUUCUGCGCCCAGUGAGUCCAAGCGUUCAUCCAGUACCACACGUUCUUCGGCACACAGAGAACGCGUUGAGUGCAGCAAAGAUAAUGCCACUGGACACACAGAUUCCAGAGACAGCUUGUCCCAAAAUUGCCACAAACAACAGCAGCAGCAGCAGCAUCAUCAUCAGUCAACUUUACAGCGUUCCACUCCAGUGACUAGCAGUGGGCGACGCUCUAAGGAUGAGUUGCGUGAUUCACAGAGAAUGAAGCGAUCUGCGGUUGUUGCCACAGAAAAGGCCACAGCCGAAACUUAUGAAACACCCGAGAGUACAUCGGCCAAAAAUGCUGUUUCGCGUUCCAGCCGUGAAGAGCAGCGUAAUAAUUCCACACGUUCUUCUUCACAUCGCCAGGAACGCAGUGACAAAGACAAAGAGAAACUUUCUAAAUCGAAGGGUCACUCGAGUCGGUCCACAUCCCAACAGCACCAUCAUGAACGUUCGAACUCAUCGACGAAAAAUCCCCAUCACAAUGGCCCAGAGAAACAUAUAUCGAGCAAAACAUCCAAAACGAAAUCUUCCACGGCCCCAACAGCCGACAACAAUACGACCCAUAGUAAAAAUGCCCAACAACAACAGCCGCAUCACCAUCCUCAUCAGUCAUCGUCAAAGGAACGCUCCAAACAUGAACGCCAUCAAAGGUCCACGAAACGGGAAGAGACACCCUCCAAGGCCCAAGAACAUGUUCAUGGUUUAAAAUCGGCGAUUAUAAAAACCACUACGAAAUUACGAGAAAAAUCACGUGCCCGCAAAGAGAAAAAAUGAAAUGAAGAAGCCCUUUUUAACAAGGCCAAAUACUAAUUUCUGAAAACGGAAAAUACGAAGAGAAGAAAUUAACUUUUUAAAGCUUUUCAAAUUUGACUGCAGUUCCUGGUUAUCUGCCACUACAGAAGAAACAAAAACAACAUGAAUUGAAUAUUAAAAAUGACUUUUUUUCUGUUACUUAACCCUAAAACUCUUACAUUAACUCGCACUCUUUGACUUUUUAAUUCUAUUUUUAAUUUCUUAUAAUUAACGACAACUUAAACAAAACAAAGUAUUAAUUCAUUAAUAAUUUUGACUUACAUUUUAUUAAAAAAAAAACAAAUGAUAUCGACAACAAUUUUUAAAAAACACACUAGUUUUUAUUAACCCUUAAAAUGAUACUCAUAUAUGAUAUAUUCAUGUUUUAUUCUAUUAUAUAUUAUUUUAAUUGAAUA